AUGGGACGGUUGAACUUUGAGGGUUUGAGAAACUUACACAACUCUGCAAACGACCUAUUACUAGUUCAACAGUGUUCUCUGGUGGUGGACUAUAAACGACAAGAGAAAAGGGUUGACGAGGUUUCAGAAGCAUCUUUGAGAAUGUUGGAGGUUUGUGGUGUUUCGAAAGAUGUUCUCUUACUCGUGAAAGAACAUCUCCAACAUCUUCAGUUCACGUUGCGCCGAUUAAGCAUUGGAGAACUGACCAAUAUCGAGAACAAAAUCUCAGACUACAAUCGUUACAGAAAGAAGUUGAAGAAAGAGACUCUCAAUUGCUUGAACUCCCUCAAGCAGGUCGUCGUCGUUGUCGUUCCAUCGUCAGUAAAAAACGACAAUCUUUCUGUUGUCGUUGAUGUGUUGAGGGAAGUGAGAGUGACCACUAUCUCCAUCGUUGAGUCUCUGUUCUCACUCAUUGACAAGCCCUGGCUAGGGCUUGACCAGAUCAAAUCCGCCAAAACGUCGUCGUUUCUUGGUUACUCUAAGUUCAAGCGUGUGAGUAAUAAUAAUACGGGACAGAGUUUGUACGACAUAUAUGAUUCGAUGGAGCUUCGUAGUGCUGAUAAGAGAUUGGUAGCUGUGAAGAUAACUAUCGAUUGUAUUGAGGUGGAAUUGGAGAGUAUUAUCAGGCGUUUGAUCCAAACAAGAGUUUCACUUCUAAACAUACUUACUAAUUAA